AUGAUCAAAAGUUACUAUCUCAAUGUACCAGAACAGUUAUCACAAGUGUAUCUUCACAGCUAUUCGAUAAUAAUAGUGUUGAUAAUUGUUAAAAUAUUUCUUUUCAAAAGAGCAAUUCUUGAGAGUUUAAGCGAAUUAUCAGAUCAUGCUGAGGACAUAUGCCAGUCAGCUAAUAAUUUCUCCAGCUCUCUUAGUGACGCACCAAAGAAGUUGUCUGAAUCACUUAAUUCAGUGAUAGUGAGUCAAAUAAACAACUUGGUAUUGACGUGGCUGAAAGUUAUCAUACUCUUAGGAAAAGUUAUCAAAAAUUUAAUCAUAUUUUAUAUUGAAAUAUUCUUGGGUACUAUGACGUGCCUAAUCACUGCUGCUGUAACAGGUACUGUCAAUUUUGCAUUGGACAGCUCAGAGAGUGUGGUUAAGACUCUAAAUUCCACAAUUGUUGGACUCACAGAUGACAUACAAGAUGGCUUGAAAGGUUUGACGUCGAUAAUCAAUAGUUUGAUUUCAUCUUUCGAGAAAGUCAAAAGCUUUUUUACUGGUAAUGCAAAUGACUACGAUCCUGACAAAUAUACCUCCAAGGUCAAUUUAUCUAUUACUUCAUUGCGGAAACUUUCAAUUCCAUCAUCUGUAUUAACAAAUAUCGAAAAUUUUAAAAAGGAAGUACCCAAUUUUACGGAGGUUGAAAACGAAGCGAAGGACCUUAUCUUUAAACCUUUUGACCUUAUAAGUAAAAAGAUAUCAAGCUCACAAAACUUUAAAAAUAUUACGACUAGCGAGUUACCAACUUUGAAAAGCUUUGACAGUGUAAACUUUUGCAAUGAAUCUAAAGAAUUAACUGACUUGAUUGAACACCUAAGCUCAUUAAUUUCGAAGGUUGCCACUAUAAUACUUGUUGUUUUGUGUGUUUUGCUACUACUCGAUGUUAUUGCUAUUGGAGUUUUGGAAUUCAUAAAGAAUCGCAAGUUCUCUAGAAUGGCUGAAAGUUUUGAAACCUCUAACAAUUUGAGGAAUGCAUUGGUCAAUUCUCGAAAAAGUAACUUUAUGUUUCUUUAUCGAUUGAAUAGAAUUUUUACCAAAGUUUCAGAGAGUAGGAAAAUUAAAAUCCUUUGGUUAAUAAAUUAUUGUACAACCUCCUUUGCAUUUAAUGUUCUUUUAAUAAGUUUAGCAGGGUUCUUUGCUGUUGCGUUGCAGUUCAUUAUCUUGCGGAUAUUAAAAUCACUUAAAAUUGAUAAAUAUACUGAUAUUGUCAAUAAAAGUUUGAGCAAUGAUACCGCUGCUUAUGUUAAGAAUUUAAACGUUUAUUUUGCUGACGAGGAGUCUAAAUUGAAUAAAGAGCUAUUUGGCUAUAUUAAAGACACUUCAUCUUCAAUUAAUUCAACAUUGAAUACAUUUAUGUCGCAUUUGAACGAAACUAUUACUGUUUUAUUUAAUUCGACGCCAUUUCAGAAACCUAUUGAAACUGUAAUAUACUGCACGAUUGGAAGAAAGGUGGCAACAAUUGAAAAGGGAUUGACUUGGAUUAAUAAUAAUGUUCAAAUUAAUAUACCAACUAUUUCCAAAGAGCUUCAAAAAGAAAUCAUAGAUUCUCAAAAUUUUGCCAUCAAUCUUAAGUUAGCUGAUCUUAUAAAACGAAGUUUAAACAAGAUCAUUAAAUUUUAUCAGAAUGGGCUCUGGAUUGAAUUGUAUAUAUGCUUUGGAUUUUUUGGACUUUGGAUCUUACAAGUUAUCAUAGGUUGUAUUAUAUUAUGUAUAAAGGAAUUUUACAACAAAGACAUAGUGAUCAGCGAGCCGAUGCCACUAACGGAAUUCGAAAAACAACAAUAUGGGUAUCCUCUUACCGAUCCUAUCAAUGAUAUGUCUGAAGCUGGUUCAAGUGUUUAUUCACAUUUAUCAGUGAAAAAUUUGUAA